CAAAACAAGAAGGAGGGAGAAAGAGAGAAAGAGAGUGAGAGAGAGAGAGCGAGGGGGAAUCUGAGCAGAGCAGAGCAGAGCAGAGCAAAGCAGAGCAGGCACCAGCUUGACAGUGUUACUAAGGCAUUUUGUCCACACUCUCUGAUGAAUGGCUCUGUUGAAGGGAAAUAGCUAAUCAGCCGUCUGUAGGGACACUUUAUCCGUCCUGCUUCGACUUCCCUGGAUGUAACUCACUCACUGACUGGAUCUCUGCUGUGUCCUCGCCACCUUCCCAAAUGCCCCUCCCCAACGUCUAACUAACUGCCCUCUGUCUCACCUGAGAGGAGCAGAGGACCUCUAACAACCCCCACCCCCCAAAAUUACUACCACCUCCUCCUCCUCCUCCUCUUCCUCCUCUCCACUGUUCACCUGGACAGAGCAGGCACAAGACAAGGGACACACGAUGGACUGCAGCUAUGCUCUCAGCACUCAGAUAGUGUUUGCUGCUUGAUCUGCCUCUUUUUUUUCGGAGAGGAGAGGAGAGGAGAAGAGGAGCGCAGAGAAGAAUUUGGAAUCAGGUUCUCCAGGAGCGUCACAGAACCCAGAGGUGAAGAAGCCGUCCGAGUUUGUCAGGAUGAUUUUGGGAAGUAUCAACAGAACAGGGGCAGUCCCCACAUUUUUGCGGACCCCCACAAUGAUCCAGCCUCAUCUGGACAUGAAGCCCUUCCUGCAGUUCCCCAUGGAGACACCCCCGCCUCACAGUGUUGGACUCUUCCACAAUUUUAACACAAUGGAUCCUGUUCAGAAGGCGGUGAUCAACCACACCUUCGGCGUCCCACUGGUUAAGACCAAGCGGCCCAUCAUCUCCUGUAAUGUCUGCCAGAUUCGAUUCAACUCAGAGAGUCAGGCAGAGGCCCACUAUAAGGGGAACCGCCAUGCCAGGAGAGUGAAAGGCAUUGAGACCUCUAAGACUCGUCCACAGGAAAGUGACAAGCCUCCCCCUGGCCCCACUUCCUCCCCAUCACCCCCAGGAGCCCUGACGUCCAAUACAGACACUGACUCCAGCAAAACAGAAGAGACACAGCCCAUGUCACAGCUGAGCAGGCCUGUGGUAGCGCAGGGGCCUGUGCCUGUGUCGGCUCCCUCUACUCCGGACUCCCCUGGCCCCUCUACUGCUGCCCUCAUGCCAAGCCCUGCCACUCCUCUUCCCCAACCUGUAAGCAGUGCCUCGCCUGGUUGUGGGUCUUCAAACCCGGAGCCAGCUGGAGCACCGGGAGUUACUCCUGCUAACGGAGAGACGGAGGAGGACAAAGCCAAGAAACUGCUGUACUGCUCGCUGUGCAAAGUGGCCGUCAACUCUCUCUCUCAGCUGGAGGCUCACAACAAAGGCACCAAACACAAAACCAUUCUGGAGGCCCGGAGCGGACUGGGUCCCAUUAAGGCGUAUCCUCGUCUGGGGCCCAAGCCCAGUGGAGAGAGUGGGCCCGCAGACCCGAACACUCAGGAACGCACCUUCCACUGUGAGAUCUGCAACGUGCGGGUCAAUUCAGAACUGCAGCUCAAACAGCACAUAUCAAGUCGAAGACACCGAGAUGGAGUAGCAGGGAAGCCCAACCCACUCCUUAGCCGACACAAAAAGCACAGGGGUGCAGACCUCACGGAUCUCACCAAAGCGCUGGGUGCUGGCCUCCUGCCCAGUCCUCUGGCUGUAGCUGCAGCGAUGGCAGCUGCCGCCUCGUCCAAUCCGCUAGCUCUCCGCGCCGCAGCUCCCGCCCCACACCCUCAUCAUCAUCAUCAUCAUCAUCUCUUACAGGCCUCGCACCUUAGCCAUGCUAUACUGAGACCGGCCCCAGGGCCAAUCCGCACCUCACACGGGCCCAUUCUUUUCUCACCCUACUGACACACCCUUGUCCACUUCAGCCAGCCAGGAGCAGCAACUCCAAAAGCACACUGUGAAGUAAUCAAGUAGAAAAAUAAAUAGCAAACUGCACAGCAAUGACUAGAAUUAACUCAUCCACCAACUGCUCGAUUAUAAAGACGGGGGAGAAAAAAACUUGAACAAAAGGAAAUGGAGGACAACAAAGGGAAAAGAUUGGACAAGAGUUUUAUUCCUUCUCUUCUGUGCCCUACCCUUCUCUUUUCUGUGGAGUGACUGAGUGAGUGAUUAGCAAUGAAUAGAAAGACAGUAUAUAGUAUUACUUCAGCUCAGCAUUCAUCUUUCCCUUCUUGUCUCACAUACACACACAGACAUACACACACACACACAGAGAGUGAGACAGAAGCAGUAACAUAGGACUUGGAUGUAAGAAACAAACUGUUGGAGAGUUGUGUAACAUGUAACAUGCCCAGGCCGGCACACAUACUAAAAGACUACUACUUCUAGCUGUUUCCAUAUAUACUAUGUACCGUACUGUGUACAGUACGAGUACUGUACUGUACUGUGUACAGUAUGAGUAGUUUCUGUCAUGUUCAGCGUGUCCUCAGUCCUAUGCAUCUUGGAAAAACAACAACAAGAGAAACCCAUUCUGUCUGUAGGAUAGCUCCUUCCAGUGAUCUCCUUUUUAAUCAAUCCAUGUCCUAUGAAGUUCUGCCCUCUUUCCAGUGUGGAGAUGCUGCUCUGCAUAAUGUACUUAGAUCGGACCCUCGGAAGAACUACGGUAUUCAACGAAAAGUGAGAAUAACGACCAGAGGGGAUGUCCUGUCUGUGUGUGCGCGUGACUACAAGGCAAUCUGGUUUCAUCUGGCAGUGUGGGGAAACAUACUCACAACACUAAGUGGUACUACAGUUUGGAUUCAGAAUGAACACUAACAUCUAAACGUUUCCUGAGGGGAAAAUAAAAUCCGCCAACUUUCAACUUCUCUCCAGAAGUUAGAGGAAGACAUAAGCUGAUGAUCUGCUGUUUAGCAGAAAUCAACCCUCAGUUCCUAAAGGAAGACCAGUAGAUAUUUAUUUAUUCUUGUGUAGUGUAGCAUAGUCCAGAACUUCCAAGUUGGCUGACAUUGGUAGUAUCACAUAAAUGAAAAAAAUGUUUAUAGAGAAGCUGGUAUAACUGUUAGUAGACCCAAUGAUGAUGGUGUUAGCUGGAUGGUGGGGGUUCUUUGCGAGAAAGACAAUAUAACAGGGGUGUCCAAACUGCAUCCUUCCUAUGGAGUCUAUUAAGGCGUAAAUAAAUUGGGUUAAUAAACUACUUUUAAGGGUGACAUUCUUGCUUUGACCACUGGGUGUCACUACUGUGUAAAUAUGAAUCUAAAAACUUCUCUAAAAAUCAUCUCUUCUUUUCCCUCUUUGUAAUAUUUAUAUGGUUAAUUCUGCAGGUCUACAUUAACAAUACUAAUGUUUCAGGUAAACAUGGUGUCACCAAAGAGACAAAAAAUAGAAAGUAAAUGCAGGUAUGCUGGCAAAAUGACUACUGAAUCUGUGGUGGCUUGUACAUAGGGCCAGGUGGGGCAGGUCCAAUUAUAUAAUCAGCCAUUUAAGAACUGUUAAUGUUCCUCAUUCACAACUCCAUUCCAUUGAAAUACUAAUUACAUCUUUUGAGUGACUAAUGAUUUAAAAAAACAUUGCUAUUAAAUAGACAUAAGCCACCUUUCUAGAUGUUGCACAAUCAUGGGGCAACACAUUUUCUUCCCCACUUAGUUUCCAUAGGACAGAGGUUCUUAACCUUUUAGCGAGUGAGACCCACUUUUAAGAAUGACAGCAUUUUGCGACCACCCCCCAAUGUUUUGGAUUGCUCACUCAGUGGGAAGGUUGGGCUUUGAUAGGAUGCGAGGCGGUCCAGUCCUGGCUCAAUAGGGCUGAGGAAAAGAUGAAAACUAUGUUCAUCUGUCUCUAUACUUAUUCUUUGGGUACACCAGCACUGAAAAUAAAGCCUAACAGAGAUAGGUCGAUGCAAAUGGGAGAGUUUUUUUCAAUGCCAUGCCACUCAGUUCUUGUUAUUCGGCGUGCACAAAUAUCCAAAACCCUGCCAGUGGCUUCUGUGUGAACCACUGUGUACAAUCAUUUAAAACAAAAGUUUUUCUGUGACCUUCCUGUUACUGCUUUCUGUGACCCCCAUGUUAAGAACCGCUAUGAUAGAUUUAUUACUGCACUAGUGAUCAAAAUGGGAACUGAAAGAAGUGCUAAUAAAGGCCCAUUGGGGCAGGAAUCAUGCUGCCUCAUCUCAGGGGAGGAACAGCAGACAGGAGAGAUAAUGGGGUUGCGGUAAAUCCACGGUGACCUUGCUUCCCAUACAAAGAUUUGAAAAAAUUAAGGAAAAUGUUGAAUAUGCUGAAUAUUUUGGGCUAGCUUCAAGCCCAAAAAGUCAAAGUCAGCUUAAUUGUCACUUUUAGCACAUCGCAUGGUAAUGGAUAAAAACGAAACACAGUUCCUUUAGGAAACUACUGUGCAACAUGUAGUAGACAUAUACAUUGACGAGGACUAAAAGUAAAUACGAACAAUAAAUACACAGUAAUACCAUACGGUGCACAGAAUCACACAAAAUUUAAGUCACAUGAAUAGGAAAUGUAUGAAAUAUCCACAUAUAUAUUUUAUGUGGAUUCUAAGAGGUAGGUCAGCUGGAAAUGUUGCUGAAACCUGACAAACCUGAUUAAUGCUAUUAUGUUCAUCUCGUCCACAGGAAACACACCUGCUGUAUCAAACACAGCAGAUAGGAAUCAAGUCAAGUGUGAUAUCCUAUCAACUUAAUUAAGUUUGAGGCUGUGUCGUUAUUAAUGUUGUCCAGCCCCACCUAAAUCUAUGGUCACGAGCCGCUGCUGUUCUCACCUCAGAGAAAAUUGUGUGUAUUUCAUUUGCCAGAAAUCAGUUCCUAUGAAGGAUGAAUAUAAUUAAUAUAAUGAGUGAAUGAAAAUGCUUCACUUUCACAGCAGUAGGUAUAUAAAUCUCACUGAUUAAGACGAUCACCUAAACGAAAUGGGAAUCUAAUAGGGCUAAUCGAGCAGGUUCAUUAAUUGCAUUAUUGCAUAUGUUAUUUUACCUUAUCCUGCUCCCAAAAAUGUAUGGGCACCCCUGCAAUAUGAGCAAAGGUUUGGACUCACACAGUCUCCUGUGUCCAUCCACACUCUCUCUCUCUCUCUCUCUCUCUCUCUCUCUCUCUCUCAUAUGUACACAAGUUAUGCAACAUCAACAGAAAGGCCAUCAAUAUGAACCCUGAUCUUUCUCUAAUAUUUCCUCCUGCAUCCUGGCUAAAAUCAAUCCUGGACUCUAUCACCUGUCCCUGCGAAGGGUGGAGGAAAUUUGAGGAGGAGAGAGAGUGGCAGGGAAAUAACAAAACAAAACAAAAAUGGAACGAAUAAUAACUAAACAGGAAGAAGCCACAGGAUCACAGUGACGUUGCAAGGGGAUGAGACUGUUCUCCCAUUCUACGGUCUGAACUUCCUGUCUUGAAUCUAAAGCCAUGCAAUUCAUAUAAUUUCUAUUCUUUUACUACGGUUGAUUAAUUGUUAUUGUUUUGUCGUUGUGGUUAUUAUUAUAAUAUAUAUAUUUUUUUUCAUUUUCAUAAAACACUGUUUUGUUGAUUAUAUAAUUAGUGAUGUGAAGACUGUAGUGGGGGGGGAUACACCCAAAAAAUAUUUUUUUAGGUAGAGAACCAUGGGAUGAAAUUCAAUGGGGACAUGGCCUACUCACUGUAUGUGGGGAAACAGAAAUAUUCAUUUAGAAAGCAAGACCUUCCUAACAUUGGAGGGAUUUUCCAUAAGGUACUGACGGACACACCUAAAGCCCUUCCAUUGAUGAGUGAUGCGCUAAAAUGUCAUACUGUUUGGAUAUUUGCAAUGCAAUAAGCAAUCGAAUUAUGUGACUUGCUCUAGAUGAGCAUAAACCAAAUGUACAGGGUUCUGUAAACUGAUUCGUGUGUGCCUGCUGAUGGGAAUUUGUGUUCGUCCACGGCGAUGUUGGCCUUCUCAGUGCAGCAGGAAGGGUUGUGAUGGACUCUCACUCACCCUUCACAUAAAAAAAGGUCCUUAUGAAUCUUUGAUAGGGGCACAAAAUACAGGAAAUCUGAGUGAAAAUAAUAUAUAGUCAGCCAUACCGUUUGCAUAGCAUAUGUAGCUAAGUUUCAAGAUUUCACUGUUGCAUUUUGUGUGUGUGGUCAGCAGGUUUAGUAAGUACAGUGUCAUUAUCAUGAUAAUGCCAUUAGAGAAAUGCUAACAAAUGUUAGCAUCCACCAUUGUGCUUUGAUUAAAGUGACCUCCAUUUGGAGAUGUAUUUUAUUUUUCUCAUUAGUGUGGCACUAGCAAGGGUGCUAUAGUUCUUGUCAGUGUGUAUCUUCUAGCGUUGUGUGUAUAUCAGACAGAAAUCAGUCAAGCUGGACUGGACGACUUGUAUCAGACCACAGCUGCCCAUGGUGCUCACUGAUCUGCAGUAAGCACCACUCACACAGAAGCUUCAGCGAUGCCAUGUCAGGCUGCAAACUCCACAGAGUAACGGCGAUUCAUUUCCCAACACAGUCCAAACGCAUGAUACAGACACACUUAGAUUCAUCUGUGAACUCUGUAAAGAACAUGUUCAUCCUGUAGUCAUCCCCAGAACGAGCAUCGUCAGUGUACAUAAAUGUCUGGAGUCCUUUGGUAGAUUCAUGCAGUCUUUCAGGGCGGGUGUAAUGUUAGUGAUGAAGUGUGUUUUAGCCGUAGCCUUAUUCUACCCUAAGCCUCUCCAGGAGCAGAGAUAAGGGAAACCCUGAGAAGCUUUUGGUCAAACCUCGUCUUGCCAAUAAAGAUAUUUUUGAAUUUGUCAAAGGGACAAAAGAGUAUGUAUGGUUAAACGUAGCAAUAUUCAAUCCAUACCGGCUACUCUUGUUUUUGCAAUAAAGAGAUCAACCAAUAAAUGCAUAGCCUAUGUGAGUGAAAUACUAUAGAUGUAAUUUAAAUGAAACACAGAACUUUAUGGAAACUACUAUUGAUAUUAAAAGAAACCUGGAGUUACCACAGGAACAAAAUGUCUAUAAUUCAAUAAAGACUAUUAAACCUAAA